GUGGAGUCUUGCUCUUGUCGCCCAGGCUGGAGUACAGUGGCCUGAUCUCAGCUCACAGCAACCUCUGCCUCCCCGGUUCAAGUGAUUCUCCUGCCUCAGCCUCCUGAGUAGCUGGGAUUACAGGCGCCCACCAGCACGCCUGGCUAUGCUGGCCAGGCUGGUUUCGAACUCCUGACCUCAAAUGAUCCGCCCGCCUCAGUCUCCCAAAGUGCUGGGAUUACAGGCAUGAGCCAUCGCGCCCAGCCCAGAGCAAAGAUUCUUAACCUCAAUUUCCUGAAAUUAUAUCCUAAAUUUGUUGGGUAAGUGCAUUUUUUAAAGUACAAGAGAAGGCCCAUAAGUUACAUUAGAUUUCAAAAAGGGUGUUUGAGCCCCCCUCUUCCAAAGAUAGAAGAAUCAAGGAAGAAAGGGUAAAAUAUAUACAUAUAUAUAUGUAUAUAUUUUUGAGACGGAUUCUCACACUCUGUUGCCCAGGCUGGAGCGUAGUGGUGCAAUCUUGACCUACUGCAACCUCUGCCUCCUGGGCUCAAGUGAUCUUCCCACCUCAGCCUCCCAAGCAGCUUGAGAGAACAGACAUGUGCUACCUGCCUGGCUAAUUUUUGUAUUUUUAGUAGAGACGGAGUUUUACUAAGUUGACCAGGCUGGUCUCGAACUCCUGACCUCAAGUGAUCCGCCCACCUUGACCUCCCAAAGUGCUGGGCGUGAGCCACCGCGCCCAGCCGAAAGAUUGGUUUUAAAAACUAGUAUUUUGAGAUGAUGAGAAAACGAGAGGGUUUCUGCCAGAUGUCCUUUCUCCCAGUGAAACAGGAUUAGAGAUUCCCUUUAAGGACAGUAAAAUUUGGUGAUUGUGACAUUUCCAAGUUCUGUUGAUUGAUUCAUCAUCUUCCCUCCAUCAUACACAUCUAAGGGCAGAGUGAAGUUCCAUCCUGAAGGCUCCGCGCUUAGUUUUGGCAGAUUAAUAGCUCACCAAGAAUUUAUCAUCUUUUCUUUCCACUAACUCGAAACCAGUCUAAAUUCUUUCCAAACAUCUUCUCAACGUAGUCUCCUUUGAUGAAAUUUACUGUUUCGGAUUCUAGACUUAGCUCUUACCAACUUAACUUUCGGUUAAUAGCUUAAUACCUCUGAUUCAGGUUUGUGCAUUUGUCAACUACCAUUGAAUGAUAAUUUCAAUGAGUUCGUUCUUAUGAGGAUCAAAUGAAAUAACAUCUGUGAAAACCUCUUACAAAGUUUAAGCAAAUAGUGCUAAGCAAUCACCAAGAGUUAACUACUAAUUUUCAGUGUUAGGUAAUUUUUAAAAGCUUUCCGGAGAAUUGGCGUCCUGCACACCAGUCUCGUUCCAAAAUAAUGCAGGCGGGGGCUGGGGUGGGGGCGCUCCUCUCGGACUGAGGCUAUGUCUUUCGCUCCUUUUGUCUUUUCCGGGCAUUAUAACUGUCAUGGCGCCUUCAAGAAGAGGUAGGAGGCCCUCCCUGCGUCCAGCAGAACCAUCUGGGGCACCUGGACCCGGCGGUGGGGUGGACAGAGAGACGAGCGCCAGCUGGGACCGAAAACAUCGACCCCUCCGAGAGGUUUCGGCCGGACCGGCGCAAGGGGAGGAGAGCGGGUGGAAGCCUACCCCAGCGAACGCCCGCAGGCCGGGCCCCGCCCACCCAGAACGUCGCCCAAUGGAAACCUGCCGGCGGUGCGGCACCGCCCAUCUGUUGGUCGGGACGCCGCGAGGGCGGGGCCCGCAGUUCGGUUGCGCUGCGGAGCGCAGCUGUGAGGGAGUCGCUGUGAUCCGGGGCCCCGGAACCCGAGCUGGAGCUGAAGCUGAAGCGCAGGCUGCGGGGCGCGGAGUCGGGAGUGCAGGCCUGAGUGUUCCUUCCAGCAUGUCGGAGGGGGAGUCCCAGACAGUACUUAGCAGUGGCUCAGACCCAAAGGUAGAAUCCUCAUCUUCAGCUCCUGGCCUGACAUCAGUGUCACCUCCUGUGACCUCCACAACCUCAGCUGCUUCCCCAGAGGAAGAAGAAGAAAGUGAAGAUGAGUCUGAGAUUUUGGAAGAGUCGCCAUGUGGGCGCUGGCAGAAGAGGCGAGAAGAGGUGAAUCAACGGAAUGUACCAGGUAUUGACAGUGCAUACCUGGCCAUGGAUACAGAGGAAGGUGUAGAGGUUGUGUGGAAUGAGGUACAGUUCUCUGAGCGCAAGAACUACAAGCUGCAGGAGGAAAAGGUUCGUGCUGUGUUUGAUAAUCUGAUUCAGUUGGAGCAUCUUAACAUUGUUAAGUUUCACAAAUAUUGGGCUGACAUUAAAGAGAACAAGGCCAGGGUCAUUUUUAUCACAGAAUACAUGUCAUCUGGGAGUCUGAAGCAAUUUCUGAAGAAGACCAAAAAGAACCACAAGACCAUGAAUGAAAAGGCAUGGAAGCGUUGGUGCACACAAAUCCUCUCUGCCCUAAGCUACCUGCACUCCUGUGACCCCCCCAUCAUCCAUGGGAACCUGACCUGUGACACCAUCUUCAUCCAGCACAACGGACUCAUCAAGAUUGGCUCUGUGGCUCCUGACACUAUCAACAAUCAUGUGAAGACUUGUCGAGAAGAGCAGAAGAAUCUACACUUCUUUGCACCAGAGUAUGGAGAAGUCACUAAUGUGACAACAGCAGUGGACAUCUACUCCUUCGGCAUGUGUGCACUGGAGAUGGCAGUGCUGGAGAUUCAGGGCAAUGGAGAGUCCUCAUAUGUGCCACAGGAAGCCAUCAGCAGUGCCAUCCAGCUUCUAGAAGACCCAUUACAGAGGGAGUUCAUUCAAAAGUGCCUGCAGUCUGAGCCUGCUCGCAGACCAACAGCCAGAGAACUUCUGUUCCACCCAGCAUUGUUUGAAGUGCCCUCGCUCAAACUCCUUGCUGCCCACUGCAUUGUGGGACACCAACACAUGAUCCCAGAGAACGCUCUGGAGGAGAUAACCAAAAACAUGGAUACCAGUGCCGUUCUGGCUGAAAUCCCUGCAGGACCAGGAAGAGAACCAGUUCAGACUUUGUACUCUCAGUCACCAGCUCUGGAAUUAGAUAAAUUCCUUGAAGAUGUCAGGAAUGGGAUCUAUCCUCUGACAGCCUUUGGGUUGCCUCGGCCCCAGCAGCCACAGCAGGAGGAGGUGACAUCACCUGUUGUGCCCCCCUCUGUCAAGACUCCGACACCUGAACCAGCUGAGGUGGAGACUCGCAAGGUGGUGCUGAUGCAGUGCAACAUUGAGUCGGUGGAGGAGGGAGUCAAACACCACCUGACGCUUCUGCUGAAGUUGGAGGACAAACUGAACCGGCACCUGAGCUGUGACCUGAUGCCAAAUGAGAAUAUCCCUGAGUUGGCGGCUGAGCUGGUGCAGCUGGGCUUCAUUAGUGAGGCUGACCAGAGCCGGUUGACUUCUCUGCUAGAAGAGACCUUGAACAAGUUCAAUUUUGCCAGGAACAGUACCCUCAACUCAGCCGCUGUCACCGUCUCCUCUUAGAGCUCACUCGGGCCAGGCCCUGAUCUGCGCUGUGGCUGUCCCUGGACGUGCUGCAGCCCUCCUGUCCCUUCCCCCCAGUCAGUAUUACCCUGUGAAGCCCCUUCCCUCCUUUAUUAUUCAGGAGGGCUGGGGGGGCUCCCUGGUUCUGAGCAUCAUCCUUUCCCUCCCCUCUCUUCCUCCCCUCUGCACUUUGUUUACUUGUUUUGCACAGACGUGGGCCUGGGCCUUCUCAGCAGCCGCCUUCUAGUUGGGGGCUAGUCGCUGAUCUGCCGGCUCCCGCCCAGCCUGUGUGGAAAGGAGGCCCACGGGCACUAGGGGAGCCGAAUUCUACAAUCCCGCUGGGGCGGCCGGGGCGGGAGAGAAAGGUGGUGCUGCAGUGGUGGCCCUGGGGGGCCAUUCGAUUCGCCUCAGUUGCUGCUGUAAUAAAAGUCUACUUUUUGCUAAAA